CGGGGCGUGCGCGCGCUAAUUUCCCAUGUAAACAAAUUUCGGUGCGUUGCACUUGCUUACAGAACUAUAAUCUAUUAAAUAAAUUUCCAUUAUAUUAUAAUCGGUGAUGUUCUAAUCGGUCCUAUUCAACACAACAAAAUAGACGCCGGCGAUCAACGAAAUGUGCGAUAACGUGCACGCCAAAAAUUGCUGACUAUGCGUCAUAAUUCUUAUUGAUGCCGGGUUGCUUUAAUCUUACCCAAAUUUGAUCCGAGUCCUUAGGAUGACUAUAGUUUUACGAUUUUAUCGCCAACUUCCCACGCAAACGCAAUCUCCUGUUUUAGUGAUGACAAUGCAGUCCACGUAGUUAUGAGCAAGCAAUGUCGAUAUCGUGUUUUAUCGAAAUCUAUCGGUGUCAACUCUGGCCCUACGUAGGUAACAUAUGUUAUGUAGAUACUACGGAUUUAACGGAAUUUCAAAAAAAUUAAAACUAGUUUUUUAAACUUGCAAAAAUUAAAUUUUGUUGAACAUAGUAGUCGGGGAUUUGCCUUUCAUUUUAAACUUAGCUUUCGUUGACAAUUGCUUGAUUGUCAUGAACAACACUGAUUGAAUUAAUUUUCUAGAGCUAUUUGUUUCCCUUUUUAACGAGAAGGAAUCAAGGAUAAUGGCGAUUGACCCUUUAAUCAUGGAGGUGCACCAAAAGCGGGCGGUUAAGUUUCUGUUGGUUUUUUGGGCCAGGAUCCUCAUAGUGUCCAGCUUCCUGGCAGAGGCCUUGUACACCUACAGCCACUGGCACCUGCAACGGAGUUCGCUGAGCAUGACCUGGCACUGUGGCUACUUGGUGGCUGGGACCUACACCAGCCUUCUGGCUACGGCGCAACUGAUUGCCUCCCUGCUAAUUGUGAUCAACAGGCAGAUAUGUGCGGCCACGGGAAUCCUGUGGCUGGCGGCCCAUCUGCGAAUGGCCGCCACUCCGGCGUUGUGGAGCCUCACCAAGUACAUGGAGUUGUGCGGUAUGAUCAGCGCCCUCCUGCUGAUCAUGCUGAAGUCCCAACGCCACGCUAUUGUCGCGUUCUUGCUGAUCACCUACCUGAAUUGCAAGGAGCUGGAGCGCUUCCUGUGGCGCAUCCUUUACAAGUAUGUCCUGAAGCUCCUGCUGGUCCUCAUUAUGGUGGGCUUCCGGCUGAGGCUCUCCGCCGGACUGUUGAUCGCCCUGUUGGCCAUCCACUGCAUGGAUACCCACAUCUGGCGGAAAGAUGCCCUCGUGGAUUACUUAUUACCCACCGGGGACGUGCGACGCUUCCACUUUUGGCACAAGGUCUCCGUAGCCGGGGGACUGAUCCUCACUACCGUAAAUAGGGGAAAUCGCCAUCCCACGUUGUAAACUGUCAACCCAGGCAAGGAUCAGACGA